AUGGAUCAGCAGGAGGUUACGCUUCUUUUGCUUAUCGACCUAAGUGCCGCAUUUGAUACUAUCGACCAUGCUAUCUUACUGGAGACACUUGAAAAAGACUUUGGCGUAACUGGAAAUGCCCUCAAAUGGCUAACAUCUUAUUUAUCCGAGAGAAAACAAACAAUUUUAAUUAAAGACCAUGAAUCGGAAGUUUUCAAUCUUCAAUCGGGAGUUCCGCAGGGUAGCUGCCUUGGCCCUGUCCUCUUCAUACUCUAUGUGGCUGGGUUAUUUAAGGUUAUUGACAAACAUCUUCCCAAUGCACAUAUGUAUGCAGAUGACACCCAGAUUUAUCAUUCGUUUCGGCCGGAUACAUCUUUAUCGCAAGAUGCUGCACUAAAGAGUAUUGAAAACUGUGUUGCUGACAUUCGUGCCUGGAUGCUUUCUAACCGUCUCUUGAUAAAUGAUUCCAAGACUGAAUUUAUUAUCAUCGGUUCAAAGCAGAAAAUGUCAAAGAUUAACAUCAAUGAAAUUGCAGUUGGUGAAUCUACAAUCGUUGGUGAAUCUACGUAG